AGUGAAUAGACACAGAAAUAAUAAGGAGCAAAGAUCAAAUAGAACCUUAGUUUUAAGCUCCCAAUUAGCUCCUCACUAUGAGUAAUACUGAUCCUUCACAUAUCCCCACCGUCGGCGGUGGAAUUAAACCGUCCACGUCACCAUCUCCGGCGACUCCAUCAAUACGUAUCGGUAACGUUGAUUCUGAUUUCGUCGUCAUCCUUGCUGCUCUCCUUUGCGCUCUCAUUUGCGUUAUCGGCCUUGUCGCUGUUGCUCGUUGUGCUUGGAUCCGUCGGAUCUCCGCUAGAGCUACCGGAAAUGCCACGUCAUCAGCUCCGGCGAAUAAAGGCUUGAAGAAGAAGGUUCUCAAAUCGCUUCCGAAAUUCAGUUAUACAGCUGAACAUGCCGUUAAAUUCUCUGAAUGUCCGAUUUGUUUGACGGAAUUUGGAGUUGGAGAUGAGAUUCGUGUGUUGCCGCAGUGUGGACAUGGUUUUCAUGUAGGAUGUAUUGAUACGUGGUUAGGUUCGCAUUCGUCGUGUCCUUCUUGUAGGCAGAUCUUAGUUGUUACGAGAUGUCAUAAGUGCGGUGAGUUGCCGGCGAGAACUACCGGAGCUGAGCCGGAGAGAGGAUUACCGAGAAAUUAUCAUGUAAAUGCGUUUUUACCGUAGAACUCUUACUAGUUGAUUAGGCUGGGUGUAUAUAGUAUAAUGUAUGUGGAAAAUGUAUAUUCAUUCAGUUCUACUGUAUUAAUUAGGGAUUUAGGGUUACAGAAAUUACUACUGCUUGAAUUUGUGAGAUAUUACUGUUUGAAACUUUAAAUUAGUGUAAAUCUGUCAUUUCAUUAACAAAGAUUUAUCCAGUAUCGCAUUCUGUUA